GGAUCUGCAUGUCAGACCGAGCUGGGACGGAUGGCGGAACCUAGAAUAAUAGUCACAACUCCUGUUUCUAAGGGCGUACGAGAUUCCAGACACUCUCUGGAAUGCCUUCAUUUAACAAGGCAAGGGACAUAGGAUGACCCCAGCCUGUCCCCUCUUAUUAUCUGUGAUUCUGUCCCUGCGCCUGGCUGCCGCCUUCGACCCCGCCCCCAGCGCCUGCUCUGCCCUGGCCUCGGGCGUGCUCUACGGGGCCUUCUCACUGCAGGACCUCUUUCCUACCAUCGCCUCCGGCUGCUCCUGGACCCUGGAGAACCCGGACCCAACCAAGUACUCCCUCUACCUGCGCUUCAACCGCCAGGAACAGGUGUGCACCCACUUUGCCCCUCGCCUGCUGCCCCUGGACCACUACCUGGUCAACUUUACCUGCCUGCGGCCCGGCCCCGAGGAGGCGGAGGCCCAGGCGGAGGCGGAGUUGGGGCGGCCAGAGGAGGAGGAGGCAGCCGCGGGGUUGGAGCUGUGCGGCGGGUCGGGCCCCUUCACCUUCCUGCACUUCGACAAGAACUUCGUGCAGCUGUGCCUGUCAGCCGAGCCCGCGGAGGCCCCGCGCCUGCUGGCGCCCGCGGCCCUGGCCUUCCGCUUCGUCGAGGUCUUGCUGAUCAACAACAACAACUCCAGCCAGUUCACCUGCGGCGUCCUCUGCCGCUGGAGCGAGGAGUGCGGCCGCGCGGCCGGCAGGGCCUGUGGCUUUGCCCAGCCGGGCUGCAGCUGCCCUGGUGAGGCGGGGGCCGGCCCCACCACCACCACGCCUCCGGGUCCUCCUGCUGCCCACACCCUGUCCAAUGCCCUGGUGCCCGGGGGCCCAGCCCCACCUGCCGAGGCCGAUUUGCACUCGGGGAGCAGCAAUGACCUCUUCACCACGGAGAUGAGAUACGGUGAGGAGCCGGAAGAGGAACCGAAGGUGAAAACCCAGUGGCCAAGGUCUGCAGAUGAGCCUGGGCUGUACAUGGCGCAGACAGGCGACCCGGCGGCUGAGGAGUGGUCCCCGUGGAGCGUGUGUUCCCUGACGUGUGGGCAGGGCCUGCAGGUGCGGACCCGCUCCUGUGUGUCCUCCCCCUAUGGGACCCUGUGCAGCGGGCCCCUGCGGGAGACCCGGCCCUGCAACAAUUCAGCCACCUGCCCAGUGCACGGCGUGUGGGAGGAGUGGGGGUCCUGGAGCCUGUGCUCCCGCAGCUGCGGGCGGGGGUCCCGGAGCCGGAUGCGGACCUGCGUGCCCCCCCAGCACGGCGGCAAGGCCUGCGAGGGUCCCGAGCUGCAGACUAAGCUCUGCAGUAUGGCCGCCUGCCCGGUGGAAGGCCAGUGGCUAGAAUGGGGUCCCUGGGGCCCGUGCUCCACGUCCUGUGCCAACGGGACCCAGCAGCGCAGCCGGAAGUGCAGCGUGGCGGGCCCAGCCUGGGCCACGUGCGCUGGGGCCCUCACUGACACCCGGGAGUGCGGCAACCUCGAGUGCCCCGCCACAGACGGCAAGUGGGGGCCGUGGAACGCGUGGAGCCUGUGCUCCAAGACGUGUGACACAGGCUGGCAGCGCCGUUUCCGCAUGUGCCAGGCCACGGGCGCUCAGGGCUACCCCUGCGAGGGCACCGGAGAGGAGGUGAAGCCCUGCAGUGAGAAGAAGUGUCCAGCCUUCCAUGAGAUGUGCAGGGAUGAGUACGUGAUGCUGAUGACGUGGAAGAAGGCGGCUGCUGGCGAGAUCAUCUACAACAAGUGCCCCCCCAACGCCUCAGGGUCUGCCAGCCGCCGCUGUCUCCUCAGUGCCCAGGGCGUGGCCUACUGGGGGCUGCCCAGCUUUGCCCGCUGCAUCUCCCACGAGUACCGCUACCUGUAUCUGUCACUUCGGGAACACCUGGCCAAGGGGCAGCGCAUGCUGGCGGGCGAGGGCAUGUCACAAGUGGUGCGCAGCCUGCAGGAACUGCUGGCCCGGCGCACCUACUACAGUGGGGACCUGCUUUUCUCCGUGGACAUUCUGAGGAAUGUCACUGACACCUUCAAGAGAGCCACCUAUGUGCCCUCGGCUGAUGACGUGCAGCGCUUCUUCCAGGUAGUGAGCUUCAUGGUGGACACAGAGAACAAGGACAAGUGGGACGAUGCUCAGCAGGUGUCCCCUGGCUCUGUGCACCUGCUCCGGGUUGUGGAGGACUUCAUUCACCUGGUGGGCGAUGCUCUCAAGGCCUUCCAGAGCUCUCUGAUUGUCACAGAUAACCUGGUGAUCAGCAUUCAGCGGGAGCCCGUCUCGGCUGUGUCCAGCGACAUCACGUUCCCCAUGCGGGGCCGCCGGGGCAUGAAGGACUGGGUGCGGUACUCAGAGGACCGCCUCUUCCUACCCAAGGAGGUGCUCAGCCUCUCCUCCCCAGGGAAGCCGGCCGCAUCUGGGGCAGCAGGCAGCCUUGGCAGGGGGAGAGGCCCAGGAACUGUGCCCCCUGGCCCGGGCCACUCCCACCAGCGCCUCCUUCCGGCAGACCCUGAGGAGUCCUCCUCCUACUUUGUGAUCGGUGCUGUGCUCUACCGCACCCUUGGCCUCAUCCUGCCGCCCCCGAGGCCCCCGCUGGCGGUCACAUCCAGGGUGAUGACAGUGACCGUGAGGCCCCCUACUCAGCCACUAGCUGAGCCCCUCAUCACGGUGGAGCUGUCCUACAUCAUCAACGGCACCACGGAUCCCCACUGUGCCAGCUGGGACUACUCCAGAGCAGACGCCAGCUCAGGGGACUGGGACACCGAGAGCUGCCAGACCCUGGAGACCCAGGCAGCCCACACCCGCUGCCAGUGCCAGCGCCUCUCCACCUUUGCCGUGCUCGCCCAGCCGCCCAAGGACCUGACGCUGGAGCUGGCGGGCUCCCCCUCGGUCCCCCUUGUGAUCGGCUGCGCUGUGUCCUGUAUGGCGCUGCUCACCCUCCUUGCCAUCUAUGCCGCCUUCUGGAGGUUCAUAAAAUCUGAACGCUCCAUCAUCUUGCUGAACUUCUGCCUGUCCAUCCUGGCAUCCAACAUCCUGAUCCUCGUGGGCCAGUCAAGGGUGCUGAGCAAGGGUGUGUGCACCAUGACGGCCGCCUUCCUGCACUUCUUCUUCCUCUCGUCCUUUUGCUGGGUGCUCACUGAGGCCUGGCAGUCCUACCUGGCUGUCAUCGGACGGAUGCGCACCCGCCUUGUCCGCAAGCGCUUCCUCUGCCUGGGCUGGGGUCUGCCUGCCCUGGUGGUGGCCGUGUCCGUCGGCUUUACCCGCACCAAAGGAUACGGUACAUCCAGCUACUGCUGGCUCUCUCUGGAGGGUGGCCUGCUUUAUGCCUUCGUGGGCCCAGCGGCUGUCAUUGUCCUGGUGAAUAUGCUUAUCGGAAUCAUCGUCUUCAACAAGCUCAUGGCUCGCGAUGGCAUCUCAGACAAGUCCAAGAAGCAGAGGGCCGGGCCGGAGCGGUGCCCCUGGGCCAGCCUGCUCCUCCCCUGCUCAGCGUGUGGAGUGGUCCCCAGCCCCCUGCUCAGCUCAGCCUCGGCCAGGAACGCCAUGGCCUCGCUCUGGAGCUCCUGCGUGGUGCUGCCCCUGCUGGCGCUCACCUGGAUGUCCGCCGUCCUGGCCAUGACGGACCGCCGCUCCGUCCUCUUCCAGGCCCUCUUCGCCGUCUUCAACUCUGCGCAGGGCUUUGUCAUCACGGCUGUGCACUGCUUCCUGCGCCGAGAGGUCCAGGACGUGGUGAAGUGCCAGAUGGGUGUGUGCCGGGCCGAUGAGAGUGAAGACUCCCCCGACUCGUGUAAGAACGGGCAGCUGCAGAUCCUGUCAGACUUUGAAAAAGAUGUGGAUCUCGCCUGUCAGACAGUGCUGUUCAAGGAGGUCAACACUUGCAACCCGUCCACCAUCACGGGCACACUGUCCCGCCUGUCCCUGGACGAGGACGAGGAGCCCAAGUCCUGCCUCGUGGGUCCCGAGGGCAGCCUCAGCUUCUCACCGCUGCCUGGCAAUAUCCUGGUGCCCAUGGCAGCCUCACCAGGGCUGGGGGAGCCGCCGCCCCCGCAGGAAGCCAACCCCGUGUACAUGUGUGGGGAGGGCGGCCUGCGGCAGCUGGACCUCACGUGGCUGCGGCCGGCCGAGCCGGACCCCGAGGGGGACUACAUGGUGCUGCCCCGGAGGACUCUGAGCCUGCAGCCCGGCGGUGGGGGCGGGGGUGGCGAGGAUCCCCCGCGGGCCCGGCCCGAGGGGACCCCCCGGCGGGCCGCCAAGGCGCUGGGCCACACCGAAGCCUACCCCAGCUUCCUGUCUGUGGACCACUCGGGCCUGGGGCUGGGCCCUGCCUACGGGUCUCUACAGAACCCCUACGGGAUGACCUUCCAACCGCCACCGCCGACGCCCAGCGCCCGCCAAGUGCCCGAGCCGGGCGAGCGCAGCCGGACCAUGCCGCGCACCGUGCCCGGCUCCACCAUGAAGCUGGGCUCCCUGGAGCGAAAGAAGUUACGGUAUUCAGACCUGGACUUUGAAGUGAUGCACACCCGGAAACGGCACUCGGAACUCUACCACGAGCUCAACCAGAAAUUCCACACUUUCGACCGCUACCGCAGCCAGUCCACGGCCAAGAGGGAGACGCGGUGGAGCGUGUCCUCGGGUGGGGCGGCCGAACGGAGCGUGUCCAGUGAGAAGCCCAGUCCAGGGGAGCGUCCCGGCCUGUCCCAACAGCGGCGCCAUCAGAGCUGGAGCACCUUCAAGUCUAUGACGCUGGGCUCGCUGCCCCCCAAGCCCCGAGAACGGCUGGCCCUGCACCGGGCAGCAGCCUGGGAGCCCACAGAACCACCGGAUGGCGACUUCCAGACAGAGGUGUGAGUGCCACGCCGGACUGCCCACUGCAUAUAAAUAUUAUAUAUCUCUCUAUUUUCACACUCCACUUUGGAACGACCCAGGAGCCAGCGCCCCCUCCCCUCUCCCGAGGGCUGGGCAGGGAGGCACAGUGGACUCAGCCGGGCUGGGGGAGCCAGACGUGGCAUGGCCGGGGGGCCAGGGCCCUUCCCUGUUUCGCAGAGGCCCCUCAGCCCCUGGAGCCCCAUCGUCACCCCCAGC